ACUAAACAAACCGUCAUUUUAAGGACGAGUUCAGCAUCCAAGGUGGACGACAUGAGAGGCUUUGUCCUGCUGCUCCUCUCACUGAUGACAGGUUGUGAGGCCAAGUCUGAAGUGAAGGGAUGCCUGGGGGGAUGGGUUGAAUUCACCUGCCAAUAUCCCAACAUGAAAUCAAAUUGCAAAAAAAUAUAUGUAAUAAAUCAAACCAAAACUUCCCUACAAAGUUCCAAAACCAAUGAGUGGAUAACAAAAGAAAGAGUUUCCAUGUACCACAAUAAAACAAAAGGAAAUCUGAGGGUGAUCAUCGAACAGCUUCAAACUAAGGACGCCGGGGAGUGGCAGUGUAAAUUUGGCAGUAGUUCACCCCAUGUCUCCAUCACACUCGGUCUGAACACUGUGUGCCAGAGACCUUUCGAUCAAACAGCGUAUGAAAAAGCUAAGACCACCAUCACAUGUGAAGACCCAGACCAUGAAGACAACUCUGAUGACACGUUUAUCUGCAAAGAGAGUGGUCCUAUCUGUGAGGAUAUCUUACCUACAGGAUACUCUGUGAGGUCAAACGAGACGUUCACUCUCACAGAGACCCACAGAGUGUUCAGCGUGCCCAUCAGUGUCAUGUCCUCACAGCAUAAAGGCGUCUACUGGUGCGGACUGAGAUCUGACAAAGGUUAUCGAGCUGGAGUCAGAAAGAUAACUCUAAAAACUGAAGGUAUUCCUAAUCCCAAAAGGUCUCCAGUUGUUGGACAGACUUUUUCUUACUGGUGUAAAUACUCAGAAAGUGCUCCCAUAAAUAAGUUCAUCUGUAAGGGGGAAGAUCCGUCUGUAUGUCAGCCUCUAAUCAGCAACAACAACAGAACCAAUGGGAGGUUUUCCAUGAAGGAUCAUCCAAAGGAUAGAAACAUCACCAUCACAGUGAGAGAUGUCACAGCACAGGACAAUGGGACAUACUGGUGUGGGGCAAAACGUACCGACAGCUCUCUCAGUAACCCGUUCUACCACAGACUCUCCAUGAUUGUAGUGCCAUCCUCAAAAACAACUCCUGUUUCUACGACUCAGUCAACUCCUGCAUCUCCUAAGAGUCCUGAUAGAUCUGGGCUUGUUAUCACUGUGAUCGUCUGCGUAGUCGCUCUGCUGCUGCUCUUCGUGCUACUCUCAGUCCUUAUAUACAAACGGUUUUCAAAACGCCCCAAGAACGGAGCAGCCUCGCAGCACAAAGAGGAUUACGUCUACGAGGAGAUCCAGGAGGGCGUCCGGAAUCCAAACUCAAUGAAAUCGGUUUAUGCCACCGUGAAUUUUCCCACAAACCCCUCUGCCUCACUGCAGUACUCCACCAUCAACUUCAAACAGAGCCCUGACAAAGCUGCUGGUGACAGUCUGAUCCUCAAACCCAGCUACUCCGCCUGUGAAUAUUCUUCUGUACGACCAAGUCCAGUCGACACAUACAUCAUCCAUCCAUCCCGCCCUUCCGAGGAGCCUCUCUACUCAACGGUCAACAAGCCACAAAAGAAAUAAUUCACUCUGUUUGACUUCAUGAAAGAACUGUCCUCUAACAUGAAGGGUAUUAUUCAAACAAUUGCUUGUCCUUUAGGUCGCAUAAUAUGAGAAAAAAAUUAUCUGAUUUUGAUGAAACUCUGGAAAGAUGAGGCAGGGUCCAAGAACUAUUACAUUCUGUGUUUCAAUAUGUUUAUUACGGAAAAACAGGAUCUCCACAAAGCAUCCACAUCAACAUUCAAUUUUCAUGUAACAACGUGAAUCAAAAGCCUGGUCUUACAGACAUUACAUCAUCACUAAUUCGGAUUAUUCAUUCCUUAUUGUCAGGCAAAGCUGUCUUCCUCAUAGAGUAGACAGUAGAACUAUAACUAUAACUAAAACUAUCCCAGCCUCCCCCCUCCCUCAACCCUCCCAAGGAGUGCUACCUGACAGUGUACACAAAGUUGAUCAUUUCAAUUCUGCCAAAAGGAGAUCAGUGGGCGCCAAAUUUUCUCAAACUUCUCAAGUCUGUUAUUAAGAACAAAUCUAAUUCUAUCUAAGUGAAGUGUGUCUGUAAUCUCUGUUAACCAUACUUUGAGGGUAGGUGCUUCUUUCUUCUUCCAAAAUAGGAGGAUCAGUUUCUUAGCAGUAAGCAGCCCAUAAGAUAAAAGACAGCGUUCAGAGACUUGGAGGUUCCUGAGCCCCUCUGACACCCCGAAGAUGAUCAAUAUGGGAUCAGGUUUAAUCUCCACCCCCAGAACUUGUGAAAGAAAAUUAAAGAUUCCAAUCCAGAAAUUCUGCAAGCUGGGACACAGGACAUAACUGUGUGUUAAAGUUGAUUCUGUUGAAUUGCAUUUAUCACAGUGUGGUGAAAUUUCUGGGAAUAUUCCGUGCAAUUUAGACUUUGAAUAGUGCAGUCUGUGCAAAAUUUUAAAUUGAAUCAAACAAUGUCGCGCAUUAAUGGAACAAUCGUGCACAUAUUUCAAGCUUUCAUUCCAGGUGUCCUCUGAUAAUUGUUCCCCAAGGUCUGCCUCCCAGCUUGCUUUAAGGAUGUCAGAAACUCCGAGGGCCAUAGUCUGAAAUGCACUGUACAGGUUGGAGAUUAUACUUUUUGACCUACCAAGAUGCUUAAGACAGCUAACAAGUUUGUCGGGCCUUGCACUUUCAAAGGCCGGCAUAUGUGAUCUCACGUAACUCCUCACCUGUAAAUAUCUAAAGAAAUCCUGACAUGGCAGGCCAUAUUUCCCUUUAAGCUGUUGGAAAGAUGCAAACACCCCCUCCAAGUACAGCUCCCCAAUACUGUGUAUUCCCAUGUCCCUCCAUGCAAAAAAAGCAAAAAACCUAACGGUACAAGAACUAUUACAUACUAAUCUUGAUCCAACUCAUGAACAUAUAACAGAGGAUUUUAGCCACAUUAAGGAUUACAGUGAAGUCAUAACUUUACAGGAAAAAACUAGGAGAUUUAAGAGCAAUAAGUCGUAAAUUAACGAUCAUUUAAUUGUAAAUUUAAGAAUUUAAAGCCGUUCAUUUGUGAGAAUAAAAAACCUGAAUUAUCAUGCACAGAAUCUUAAUAUUUCUGAGAACAUUUUGUAAAUUUACAAGACUACACCUGUGAAUAUGACAACAAAUUUGUAAAGUUAUGAGAGGAAGUUGUAAUUUCACCAAGGCAAACUUAAAAAUGUACAAGAAAAAGUUGGAACAUUAUGAGAAUAAACUAGAAAAUGUAAGAGUUUAAAGUUGUAAAAUAAUGAGAUUGAAGUCUUAGUUUUACAAGAGUAAAGAUUUUAAUUUAGGUGAAUACAUUUGUUUUUUUAGGAGAAUAAGUUGUAAAAUUCAUGAGAAAAUAGUCGUACAUUUAGGAGACAAAAUUUGUACAUUUACAUUACAGAAAGUCCUCAUUUAAUGAGAAGAAAGUUGUAAUUUUACAAAAAAAAAGUAAAUUAACAAGAAUUAAAUCGUAAACUUAAAAGUAAAAAAGUUGUCAUUUUACCAGACCUCAGAAAUGUAUGACAAUAAAGUCGUAAAUAAAUACGAGGAAACUUUUCAAUUUUACAAGAUUUGACUUUACAAGCUUUAAGAGGUAAAUUUAUGAGAAUUAAGUUGAAAUGUUACAGGAAUAAAUCUGUAUAUUUUUAAGAGAAAAGUGGUAAUCACAUACUGCGCUCAUUUAAAUGUUGAAUCAGAUAUAAGAUGAUAUCAGAGGAGCAGCCAGCCUCUUGCAGUAAAACGAGGAGCGUGGGUCAUCUUGUGAAGUUAAACUAACUAAAGUAUGGCGUCACAAGAUGCUCCACGUUCCUCGUUUUAGUACAGGCCGCUGGCUGCUCCUCUGAUCUUCCCCUUCAAAUAAAAUACAGAGUAACCUAAGACUAAAAAACGACUUUAUUCUCUUAAAUCAGUGACGUCAGUUUUGUAAAUUUACGACUCAGUCUCAAAAUCUUUUCUCUUCUCUAAUUGGACCCUAAAACUCAAAUGAAAUUCCCGGCCGACUAAAAACUUCUUACACGUAAGUAAAGUAAAGCAUUUGAUAUACACAUAUUUACAUUUGUUCAAAAAUGAUAAAUUAACAUCUUUUUGGAAAAAAUCUAUGUAAAAUAUGUUGUAAAUAGAAAUACAUAACAGGAAGUAGAGCUGAGAUGAUGACACCUUGGCAAGGUAUGACUGUAUCUAAACCGGUGUUAUAGAUUUAGAAGGGUAGACCUGGAGGAGGCAGAUUUCAUAUUGUAGAAGUCUGGAUGUUUGCUCUUUCUGCUCUUCUAGCCGGCCUUCUAGGUUUGUUAGUGUUUUUUGUUUCAAUGCAGCACAAGCAUCAGGAAAUGCACCACAGUAUUAAGAUGUUAAAUCCCGCCACUUUCUUCUUCUUGUUACACUGCAGUGGAAUUCAGCAUUUUGCAGUGCUGUACGGUUUGUGGGUGAGAAUUGUUUCCCCACAAUGCAUUGUGAAAAGUAGUGUAAACCAAUGGGCACUAAUAGAGCUCUAUCAUGCACAGUGGUGCAAAGAUGAGAGAAGUGUGACAUCCUGACGCUGUUUCACAAAGAGUGGAAGAUUUCUGUGUGUGUACGAGACAAUAAAUGAUUCUUUUUUUUAAGUA